UUGCGCAGACGACUUGUGUGGCGAUGUCCUUACAAUAUUUUGUUUGAUCAAUAUAAGAUAUAUAAAAAAUUGCUAUCAUGUUACUAACUAGAAACGUAACAAGAAAUAGUGUUUUUACAAUUCUAUCUUAUGAUACAAUAUUAAACAUUGUAAAUAGAUGUUUAGUACGCGAAAUUAGUGUAAAAUGCCGAAGGAAUAUAGGUUAUCCUGCUUUUCAUUUCAAACAAUAUUUAAAUGAAAACAAUAAUGUUAAAACGUUAAAUUACAAGUUAGUGAAACAUUUUAGCUCUAGUGAUAGUACAGGAUUUUCAAAUACAUUGGAACUUACUCCAGUACAAUUUGAGAAAGUUUCUGAUGAAACUCUUGAAUCCUUAUGUGAAUAUUUUGAUGAACUAAUAGAAAAGGCAGCACAUUUAUUAGAUGCAGAUGUAUCAUAUGGGGAUGGAGUUUUAACUAUUAAAUUUGGUAAUCUGUAUGGUACUUAUGUAAUAAAUCGUCAAACUCCAAAUAAACAGAUCUGGUUAUCUUCACCAAAGUCAGGUCCAAAGCGAUAUGAUUUUAUAAAUGGUAAAUGGAUUUAUAAACAUGAUGGAAAAACAUUGCACGAGCUACUUAAUGAUGAAAUACCAGCAAUUAUAAGGGACCAAGUAAACUUCCAUAAGUGUUCCUUUAGUGGUAAAGAGAGAGAAGCUGCACUGAAGAGUUUAUAA